GGCAUUUAUUUUCGUAAAAUAGUUGAAGAACUCCAGAAUUCUUAGAAACAUGUGAAUAAAAGAAUUUCGUCUAUUUCAGGACGACGAAACUUUUACAAAAUGAAGUUAAUACAUUCACCAUAGUGCCUUAGUACAACGUUAAUAUUUGUGAUUGUGACAUUAGUUGUGUUUAAAAAAAUAAACAAUAAAUUAUCGUUAUUUAUUCGUUGAUUUUCAUUUGUUUUCAAUAUGACAAAGCGUCGGAGAAUACUUUACGCGGACAAAAUCAUUCAGAAAGUCGUUCAUGUGUUUUGUUUGUUGAUGUUUUUACAGUUGAAAGGUCACCAUACCACACCUAGCAAUCCUAUACUCCUUUAUUCGACUGCUUUAGAUAUACGUAUGGUAAAUACAUCGAGAUUAACUAGAAUCACUACAAUCGCUAAGGACUUGGAGCAAGGCACAGCGGUUGACUUCCAUUAUAGAAAGAAUUUAAUAUGCUGGUCUGAUCAGAAGCCCGAACUUAUACAGUGUAUGAAUUAUAAUGAAACUUAUACAGGUGAAAAGUUUAAAAUAGUAUCAGAAGGCCUAGUGACUCCAACUGGUAUAGCUAUAGAUUGGUACACAGACAAGUUGUACUGGACAGAUGGAGAAACAAACAAAAUCGAAGUUAUUAGUAUAGUACAAAAAUAUAGGAAGGUUCUAUUUUGGUCUGAGGUUGAUUUGGCUCGAGCUAUCGCUGUUGUUCCAGAGGAUGGAUUAAUGUUCUGGACUGAUUGGGGUGAAAUACCAAAAAUAGAAAGGGCGGGUAUGAAUGGUGAUCCAGCCACGCGCAAAGUUAUAGUCAGAGACAACAUAUUCUGGCCCAAUGGAAUAACAGUGGAUUACAACAAUAGCCUAAUAUAUUGGGUCGAUGCCAAACUCCAAUUUGUAGACGUCAUAGAUUUUAAUGGCGAAAAACGUAAAAGGGUUGUCAAGGGUGGAUUGGUUUAUCCUUUUGCUUUGACUUUUUCUAACGAUAAAUUGUAUUGGACCGAUUGGCAAAAUUGGUCUAUUUAUACUUGGGAUAUAGCAGCUAACGGUCCUAAAAUAAAGGAGUUGAUAAAAUCGCAUCCCGUUCCUGCAGACAUCAAAGUGUAUGAUGAAAGUAGACAAAUUAUAUCGGCUGAAGAUUAUCCGUGUAAAACGAAUAAUGCUGGUUGUUCACACUUGUGCCUUUUAUCACCCGAUCCCCCAGGUUACAAUUGCGCGUGCCCAACGGGCGUGAAGCUGAGGGAAAAUAGCAGCACUACCUGUUACGACAGCCCCCAGAUGCUGCUGGUGGUCGCCCAGCGCUCCACGAUAUCCAAGAUAUCGCUGGACUCGCCAGAUUUCACUCCAUAUACGUUGCCCUUGAAGGAUUUGAAACGGACCUUGACUGUUGACUUCGAUCCUAAAACGGAAUAUAUUUACUGGGCUGAUGGUUUGGCGAAAACGAUAUCGAAAGCUCGCCUCGACGGGAGCGACCAGUCCGUCGUGGUGCGCAGCAGCGGGGUGCCGGACAGCAUAGCCAUCGAUCCUUUGUCCAGGAAGAUUUACUGGACCGACCCGGUCAUGGACACGAUCAAUGUGGCCAGACUCGACGGCAGCUACGAAAAGGUCAUAAUCCACACGGAACUGUACGAUCCGCGUGCGAUCGCGUUGCACCUGACGGCCGGCUGGAUGUUCUGGUCAGAUUGGAACGAAAAGAAACCGAAGAUAGAACGAGCCAAUUUAGACGGCAGCGGCAGAGUCUUGCUCAUCUCCGAGAAGUUGACCUGGCCUAAUAGCAUCGCCCUAGACACAGUUAAUAAUAAACUCUAUUGGGGCGAUGCAAGGACGCACAAGAUUGAGGUAUGCAACAUGGACGGGACGGAGAGGAAGGAGUUACACAGCAACGACAUCAUACAUAUAUUUGGACUCACUUUACUUGACGACUACUUGUACUGGACCGACAUGCAGAAACGCACGCUCGACAGGAUCAAUAAAAAUACAGGUUUAGACAGACAGCCGGUGGUAGAACAAAUGGCCAACAUGAUGGGUGUCAAGGCGUUCCGUUUGGGGGCGCCACUUGGCUGGAAUCCUUGCGCCGAUGACAACGGAGGAUGCUCACACCUUUGCUUCAACAGACCCGAUGACUACAUAUGCGGAUGUCCUUUAGGUCUAGAACUAACUGCCGACAAAAAAACGUGCGUCGAGCCAGAAGCGUUCUUAGUUUACAGCCGGAAGAACAUCAUCGGUCGCCUGAGCAUCAAGAACGAGUACAAUGACGCUGUGAUACCUAUUAAAGAUUUGAAGGAAGUCAGCGCUUUAGCUCUGUACGUGUCAGGCUCAAAGCUGUACUGGUCGGACAGUAAGACCAAAACAAUAAACCGGUGCUCCGUUAACGGUUCCGCCGUGGAGAAGAUCGUGGAGUGGCUGGGACUCGUUGAAGGCUUAGCGAUAGAUUGGUCGGGACAGAACAUUUACUGGACCGACACGACAACGCAGCGCAUCGAGGUAUCCAGGCUCGACGGCUCUAGUCGAAGGGCCAUUAUAUGGCAGGGCUUGAAGAAACCAAAGAGCUUAGUGCUCGAUCCUAAGAAAGGCUACAUGUACUGGUCAGAGUUGGGUUCGAAGAGCAUCAAACGCGCCGCAAUGGACGGCUCCUCGGUGUCGGUGUUCAUGGAGCAGGUCGGGCGCGUCCACGCCCUCGCCAUAGACUACGAGAGGCGCGCCAUCUACUGGGCGGCCCUCGACCCUCCCGUGGUCGAGUUCGCGUUCCUCAACGGCACGGGCCGCCAGACCUUAGCCGACAACAUACCCAUGCCCUACGCUCUGGCCCUGUUCAACGAUUCGGUGUAUUGGGGCGAUUGGAAUACCGGCCAAAUACAGCAAGCGAGAAAAACGGAUGGCUCAAAUCGAAAAUCAAUACGCAAGGACUUGGACUACAUAUCGGAUUUGAAGCUGUACCAUCGCGCCAAGUCCAUGGGCAGCAACCAAUGCGGGGUCGACAACGGGGGUUGCUCGCACCUGUGCCUGCCCACCCCUGGGGACGUCCGCACCGACUACCGGUGCGCGUGCCCGGCGCACUACCGUCUCAACAAGGACAACAUCACGUGUUCCGAACCCGAAGAGUUUCUGCUUUUCGCUCAAAAGAACGCCGUCGGCCGGAUAAUGGUCGCGAACGGAGAGUGCAACGACGCCUACAUACCGCUCACCGGCCUCAAGAACGUCCGCGCCAUCGAGUAUGACCCGGUCGAGAAGCAACUGUACUGGAUGGACGACGAUUCGCAUUCGAUCCGACGCGUGCCCAUAUCGUACUCGAGCACGUCGGCCGUCGCGGACUCGGUCGCCGUGGUCACCGGCCUCUCGCGCCCCUACCACAUGGUGCUGGACGUGCUGGGCCGCACGAUGUACUGGACGUGCGCCGACCGGGACUCGAUCAACGCGACCUCCAUCGACAACAACUCGUCGACCGGCGUCAUCGUCAGGGGCGACCGAAUGCUGCCCAGGCACCUGGCCUUCCAUCAGACUAAACGCUAUCUGAUCUGGAACGACGUGGGUCGGGGCGCCAUAAUGCGCGCGAACGUGGACGGCACCGGGCGCGUGGAGCUGGCGCGCGCCGACAACGCGACCGCGCUGGCGCUGGACCAGAGCGCCGGCACCGUCUACUGGGCCGUCAGCAGGCAGCUGCACGCCGUCGACCUCGACUCCUCCAACAGACGCGUGGUGUGGCAGGGGGGCUGGGCGGGUGCGCUGGCGGCGCAGGGCGGCGGGGUGUACGUGUGCGGGGGGGAGCGGGCGGCGCGGGUGCCGCUGCACCGCCGCGACGCGCCCGCCACCCCGCUCCCGCACCUCGUGCGUCUGCUCGCCCUCGUCGCCGUGCACAAGGUGGAGCGCUCGCACCCGUGCUGGGGCGGCGGGCGGUGCGGCGGCGCGGCGUCGUGCGGCGCGGGCGGCGCGUGCGGCUGCGGCGUGCGCUGUCCCGCGGCGCCGCCCGUGUGCCCGCCCUCGCACCUGCUGUGCGACGCGCACGCCUCCCGCCCGCAGUGUCUGCCCGUCGAAUGGAAAUGUGACGGGCAACAAGACUGCGAGGACGGGCGCGACGAGGCGGAGUGCGGCGCGUGCGGCGGCGACGUGCGCUGCGCCGACGGCACGUGCGCGCCCGCACUGUCGGCGUGCGCGGCCGGCGCGCUCUGCGCCAACCCGCCGCCGCCCGACGCCUUCAGAUGCGACGAAGGUCUGUGCAUCGCGGCGAGGUUCGUGUGCGACGGGCGGCCGCAGUGCGCCGACGGCUCGGACGAGGCGCCCGCGGCCUGCGCCUACGGACACACCGACCAGUCGAGCGGCGGCGGGCGGCAGUGGAGCGCGUACGGCGUGUCUGCGGGCGCGGUGGGCGCGCUGGGCGCGGCGGGCGCGGGGCUGGUGCUGCUGCGGCGCUGGCGGCGCGCGCGCGCCCCCGCGCACCCCGCGCACCACGCGCUGCCGCUGUGCCGCCCCAAGCCGCAGCCGCAGCCGCUGCCCGCCAGCUCCACGCAGUCAUCGGACAGUAUAUCGUCCAGGUACCCGCGCCCCACAGCCAACCCUCCCCCCAGCCCCGCCACGGCCAGCGGGGGAGCUCCGCGCCGGAGGGCCUACCGACACUACCGCGCCAUCAACAGGCCUCCGCCCCCCACGCCCGCCUCCACCGACGCCAACGACUCGGAGCCCGAGCCGGCAGCUAGGGCGCCGCCGCCUUCGCCCGCACCGGCUCUGUACUGAAGAACAAAUUUAUCGGUUAAGUCACCAAGGAUAUACUUUAUUUUAUUACGUAUACUAGCUGUACCCGUCCGCUUCGCUGGGCAUUUAAAAUUAACAUUAUUAUUUCUCACCCCCCACAAACAAUCUCAUCAUUAACCUCCCCGCAACUGGUGUAGGGAGUCCAACACUCAUAUAAAUAUUAGCCUAUCCAUUAAGUACAUGUAUUUUCUACAUGGAUACCAAGUUUCAAGUCAAUC